AAACAAACAUGGAGUCGUGUAUUACAAAAUUACACUGUUUCUUCAUGUAGCUGCCCCUGAGAAAUGAUAGCAUCCUAUCUUUUCUAAGACUAGUAACAACAACCAGUGAAUGUGUCACAGCAAUUAGUUUGCCAAAUUACUGGUACUUUGACAAUCCAAGAAAGAAAUAUUAGCAGCUGCAGUGACAGAAUUCAGGAGAAAGCAUUUUCAGCCAUCCAUGAUGAAUAACAACUUUCCUACUGUGAAAACCUAUUCAACAAAAUGGAAGCGGUCUUACAAGCUAUAUCAUGAGAAAGACGGGCUAUUUGACAGAGUACAAGCAAAAACAAGGAAAGAUGCCGGACACAGAGAUAACGCAAACAGUGAUGCUGCAGAGAAGAUUGAUGACAAGCAAAUCCAGCAACGCCCUGCCUCAAAGAGCUCUGCCACUCGGCAACCUGUUCAGAAGUCACUCAAGAGAAUCGCGAAGUUGCAGACCCUUACUCCGUCAUCUUCCAGAGCCAGCCCUAGACCUCCCAGCAUAAGGUCAAGACCACCCACCACCACUGCCGUCUCGAGACCACCCACCUCCAUUGCUGUCUCGAGACCACCCGCCUCCAUAGCUGUCUCGAGACCACCCACCACCACGGCUGUCUCGAUCCCAACUCACAGCCCACAGAAAGUUCUGUGCACAGAAAUGCUGCUCCGAUACCGUCCGGAACAUGCUGAGAAAGCGUACUGUAAGAAUGACUCAUACAUCCAUGCCUGGCUGCGGGGAGUGGAGGAGGCGACUGUCGGGGAGAGAGAAGGGCAGCACAGCCAAGACAGCGAGUCAAGCAUCGAACUGCUCCGGGAUACCCAGGUGGAACACACAGGUCUGGCCAGGAGGAACUCUGCAGCCAGUCUGUUGAAGGAGAUGAUGAAUGCCUUUAAAUCCUCCUCCAUGGAGAAAAGCUCUGAGCUGUCAGUUGUCAAGGAGCUGCCAUCACUUUCCAAACAUCCAUCAGCAGCUGAGAAGACAAAAGCAGUGGCCGGCAAGGUCUCAAAAGACAAAAGGCAGACGCUAAAGAAGUCGAGGAUACCAACUCCUGUCAGAAGACUGAGCCACUGCAGUUCUCGAUCUGUGGAAGAAUCUGUGUUUCAGCCUGCUUAUUCUACUCCUACUGUGACAAGAACCGGGGAGAGACUUUUUUCAGCUAAAACCGAUGAAGAGAGUAGUCACACCUACACCUACAGAUGGACCAUGGGAUCCCCUACAACACAAGAUGACACCGUGGCACCGGACACACACAGCAGAAGCAGGUCCCCCCCUGGAUGUGUCGGCAGGCUGACUCGCAAGAGACUCAACUCUACAACCAAACCAUGUGCCAAGUCCCUGGGAAAAGUAGACUUCUCUCAGAAUCUGUCUCCUAUACUCACAGAUGGGAGGAACACAAGCGUCACAACUACUAAAACAGUGACAGGCUCCCUGUCCAAGUUCAUCGGACGACUCAACCAUAAAAGACUAAAUUCAACAACAAAAACCUGUGCAAAGUCCCUCGGCAAGAUAGACUUCUCCCAGGCUCUGUCUCCAAUAAUCAAAGCAGAGGCAGCUGAGAGGAGAAGGUCUGCAGAGGCAACCCCUGUGAAGCUUUGGAAACGUAAUUCUCCAAACAAGGAAAAUGUAUGUGCUCUCCCCAAGAAGCAGCGACAUGUUGGCAGCAAUCGGAAGGGCAAAAUGGACCCUAAAACAUCCACAGCUCUGUUCAUAUCGGAGAUCAACAACUACAGCCUGACUCCAGAUUUGUCAUCCAUCCAAGCGGAAACAGAGCUGGUCAGCAGGGCUCCAACAUGUGACUUCCGCGCAGUGGAACAGGAGGCCAUGAAGGAGAUGGAGGAGAAUCAGAAUCCUGCAGCAGCUGGACCGGUCAUCACCAGUACUCCAGACUCCAGACGUGGCCCCGAACCCUUGCUGCUGGUGGACCUAUCGGCAGUGGCGCCCCCUAGUGUUGGCGAAGACGAACUGCUUCCUCUACGUCUCUCUGGUGAUGUUGUCAACAGUGACGAGAUUGUGUGUGCCAGCGAUAUCAGUCUUGAAGUGGACAUUCCUGAUGUAAAGGCUGCUGAUCUUCCUGGAGAUGUUCCUGACUCCAGGGAGCCCCAUGCCGAAGUAAUGCCUCCAGCUUCAGCACCCACAGCAAUGCAGCCCACAACUAAACCUCACACCAAAGCAGAACAAGCUGUCAUGUUGAAGCCAGGCUCAGCCAGACACCAGAACACGAAGACAGGACAACAGGUUGGUCCGACAGCGAAGAAAAAGAGAACUGUUUCAUGCAAGCCAAGUAGCUGUUUGGGCAGGCAACUUUCCCUGGGUACACGGCCAUCCAAAGGUGUGAGUGCUUCCCUUGAACACUCAGCAGUUUCAAACACCAAGUCUCCAAAGAGCUGGAGAUAUUUCCCUAGGAGCAGCAGUGGGAGUAACAUCAUGGGCAAACCGCAUGUAGCUACUGCAAGAGUUGAACACACGCACACCUCUCAGCAUCCGCUCUGUUCUCUGGUGGGCGUGGUCAAGAACUGUCAGAGGGCUCGGGCUAAUGGCAAGGUCAAGGUCAUGUCCAAGUCCAGCAAGCUGAUGGUGUCAAUAGCACAGGCACCUCCAGGUACAUAUAGACAGGUAGAACCACAGCACCUCCAGGUACAUAUAGACAGGUAGAACCACAGCACCUCCAGGUACAUAUAGACAGGUAGAACCACAGCACCUCCAGGUACAUAUAGACAGGUAGAACCACAGCACCUCCAGGUAUGUAGAUAGUUAAUUCAUAGGCACCUAGACAGUAGUUGCAAAGGCAUCACCAGAUAAGUAUAGACAGUAGAUCCACAGGCACCUUCAGGUAAGUAGACACUAGAUCCACAGGCACCUUCAGGUAAGUAGACACUAGAUCCACAGGCACCUUCAGGAGAGUAGACACUAGAUCCAUAGGCACCUUCAGGAGAGUAGACACUAGAUCCACAGGCACCUCCAGGUACAUAUAGACAGGUACAGAGACGACAUCAUGCUUGUAUAAUGUGUCCCAACACACUGGUGUUACAGUGCUGAAGGUAACAAGCAUGACACUGCUUCUCUCUCACUGCAGAUGCAAUUAUGGCCACUGUGAGAAGAGUGACUCAAGUAUAGGACUGUGACCAGAGAGACUCAAGUAUACCUCUGUGACAAGAGUGACACAAGUAUAGCUCUGUGACAGGAGUGACACAAGUAUAGCUCUGUGACAAGAGAGACUCAAGUGUAGCUCUGUGACCAGAGAGACUCAAGUGUAGCUCUGUGACGAGAGAGAGACUCAAGUGUAGCUCUGUGACAAGAGAGACUCAAGUGUAGCUCUGUGACAGGAGUGACUCAAGUGUAGCUCUGUGACAGGAGUGACUCAAGUGUAGCUCUGUGACAAGAGAGACUCAAGUGUAGCUCUGUGACAAGAGAGACUCAAGUGUAGCUCUGUGACAGGAGAGACUCAAGUGUAGCUCUGUGACAAGAGUGACUCAAGUGUAGCUCUGUGACAAGAGAGACUCAAGUGUAGCUCUGUGACAAGAGAGACUCAAGUAUACCUCUGUGACAGGAGUGACUCAAGUGUAGCUCUGUGACAGGAGUGACUCAAGUAUAGCUCUGUGAUGAUAGAGGUUCAGGUGUAGCUCUGUGAUGAUAGAGACUCAAGUAUAUCUCUGUGACGAGAGAGUGACUCAAGUGUAGCUCUGUGACGAUAGAGAUUCAAGUGUAGCUCUGUGACGAGAGAUACUUAAGUGUAGCUCUGUGAUGAUAGAGACUCAAGUUUAUCUCUGUGACGAGAGAGUGACUCAAGUGUAGCUCUGUGACGAUAGAGACUCCAGUUUAGCUCUGUGACGAGAGAGACUCAAAUGUAGCUCUGUGAGAAGAGACUCAAGUAUAGCUCUGUGAGAAGAGUGACUCAAGUGUAGCUUUGUGACAAGAGAGUCUCAAGUGUAGCUCAGUGACCAGAGUGACUCAAGUAUAGCCCUGUGUCUAGAGUGACUCAGGUGCAGCUCUGUGAGAAGAGAGACUCAAGUGUAGCCCUGUGACCAGAGUGACUCAAGUAUAGCCCUGUGACCAGAGUGACUCAAGUGUAGCGCUGUGACCAGAGUGACCGAAGUAUAGCUCUGUGAGAAGAGAGACUCAAGUGUAGCUCUUUGAGAAGAGAGACUCAAGUGUUGCACUGUGAGAAGAGUGACUCAAGUACUAGUACAUGUAGCAGUGUAUGUAUGCUUUAAGUAAACCGCGAGCUAUGGUUUGGGGCAUAUUUUUAUAAUUCAAAGUUAUGACCUUCCAGUAUUAGGAAAGUCAUCUUCACAACACCACAAGCUCAGACAAAUCUUGGUUUAAGACAUUUUAUUCAGCUUUUCUCAGCACUGUUGAUGCUGGCAUAACUCAAGUGUGAUAGAUCAGCCGCAUUAUUUGGUGUACAUGAUGUGGUGUCAAAUUGUUUGUCAACCUUGUCUUCAUUUUGUGACAUUUGACGCGGAGUAUUUCAGUACAAGAUGCGGACUAUAACUGAUGGUGAUUCCAAGACAGGUGCUUGCAUAGGAUACAUCCUUCCUGGGGGAUGUGGUUGCAUGAAGAUGAAACACGUGGUAUCAAGCCUGUGAUGGACCAGUCUGAUUCAGCUAGCUUCCAGUGUCAUAGUAGAAUUAGUAGUCAUCCUAGUGUCAUUGAUAACUGUGUGUCUUUCAUGUGUGCAUUUAAAAGCAAAAUAUUUGGGGCAUAUAUAUUCUGCAAGUUGUGAAAUUUGUAUUGUAAAUACUCAUGUAAUUUUAUUUAUCAGAUGCGAGGUUAUGUUCACUAGUAGUGCUGUUGAUUGUAUUUAUUCUUUUAUUGUCUGAAUAUAAAAAAAUAUGUGAUAAUGAUGUUGAAAUAUGCAAACUGUAAUGAAUGUGUACUUUUGUAUGCUUAGUGCUGUGAUAGUGAGGAGAUAGUGUUUCAAUAGAGGACACAGAGGUGAUAUAUUAGUGCUGUGAUAGUGACAGUGUUUCAAUAGAGGACACAGACAUGUGAUGUAUUAGUGCUGUGAUAGUGACAGAUAGUGUUUCAAUAGAGGACACAGAGGUGAUAUAUUAGUGCUGUGAUAGUGACAGAUAGUUAUUCAAUAGAGGACACAGACAUGUGAUGUAUUAGUGCUGUGAUAGUGACAGAUAGUGUUUCAAUAGAGGACACAGAGGUGAUAUAUUAUUGCUGUGAUAGUGACAGAUAGUUAUUCAAUAGAGGACACAGACGUGAUAUAUUAUUGCUGUGAUAGUGACAGUGUUUCAAUAGAGGACACAGAGGUGAUGUAUUAGUGCUGUGAUAGUGACAGAUAGUUAUUCAAUAGAGGACACAGACGUGAUGUAUUAGUGCUGUGAUAGUGACAGAUAGUUAUUCAAUAGAGGACACAGACGUGAUAUAUUAUUGCUGUGAUAGUGACAGAUAGUUAUUCAAUAGAGGACACAGAGGUGAUGUAUUAGUGCUGUGAUAGUGACAGAUAGUUAUUCAAUAGAGGACACAGACAUGUGAUGUAUUAGUGCUGUGAAAGUGACAGACAGUUAUUCAAUAGAGGAAAUAGACGUGUAUAAAAAUGACAUUUUCAACAUCCCCUCUGAAACUUUGAGGCCUGUGAUGCUGAAACUUUGCAAGUAUUAUCCUUGCUAAGGUUUAAUUGUUGAACAGUGCUCAUUAUGUUUGCAUAAAAUUUUAUAUGCAGAAAAUAGUGUACAAAAAUUAAAUAUGAUUAUUUUGUUUUUCUGUUGUUGAUGUUGCAAAGGCCUUUGACCUUCCUGUACCCAUGUGUAGCACAAUGUGCAUGUAAGCAUUGUGUGGUGUGAUAUUGAUGGUGUGCAUGUAAUAACAUGUUAGGUAGCCAGUGUUACAACAUUAGGCAUGACCGUCAAGGAGUCCUUGCCAUAACUGCUUAGAAGUAACCAUAUACAGGUGCUUCAUUCAAAUUGUGCAAGAGGAACCACUGAAAUGCCCUUUUAUUUUUAACAUUGGCCAAAUGAUAAAUGGGCAUUUUUUUAGUUUGGAUUGUGCUAAGACUUGUCAUUAGGAUAUUUCAUGCUGCGUUGUCGAUACUUCUGUUUGCAGAUUCUUGUUUACCCUUUGAUUAGCUCCUCAGACUUAUUAGUCAUUUGAACUUCCGUCCUGGCCUCGUUGCCAGCAUCUAGAAACAGCUUCUCAGAAACCGCGGAAGCUGAAGCUUCACAUGCUUGUUCCCACAAUGAUUACACCUGAAGUUGCUCCACAAGUUCCAGUCCACACCCGCUGGGGCUGCCUGUUUAGGGCCAUUAUUCACCUAUUUUCACUUCAAAUGUGAUGAGACCCAGAUUCGAUUCCCCACAUGGGCACAAUGUUCGAAGCCCAUUUCUGGUGUUUCCCGCUGGGAUAUUGCUGGGAUAUUGCUAAGAGCGGUGUAAAACAAAACCACACUCACUCACUCACUCACUCACUCAAAUGUGAUGAACAUUGGUAUGUGUGUAGCUUGUAGUGGGGCUCAACAGAUGUUCUGUUUGUCCAAGACCUUUGUACUGCGAGACAUAUUGAGAACUGAAACUUGUGGCCCUCACAGAGCCGUCUGUGUUCCAGUUUCUGCCCUUUAUUUGACCCUGCACUUGAAUUCUGUCAAAUGUAAUUCCUGGCACUGUAAACAUCUCAUGUAGCACAGCACCCAUAUUGAAAAUUUAUUAAUGACUUUUUUGUUCAAAUCGUAAAGAAAUUUGGUAUGUUCACGUAGCAGUGGACAUCAAAACAUUUUUAUUUUUUUGCAAUACAUUCGAACUUUGUUAUCUGGAACGUACUGAUAUCUUAAGCCUAUUCUCCGGUACCAACUGCCUUACUAUAUGAUGUUUAUGCCUCAUUAUCUUGAAUGUCCGGGUAUCUCGAAGUUAAACCUCAGUCCCAUCAGGUUCCGGAGGACAAGGUUCGACAGUAUGUACAUUUUUACCUUUAUUGGAUCUUUGUGCUUGGACUAUGUUGACAUUUUAAACUGUGGACUAUAUAUUCUGGUGAGCUAGUGCCAUGGCACCAUGUUUAUGACUUUUAUGCCCAAUGUUGUAAAUAAUUCAGGAAUAUCCCUGUGAGCUACAGGACAUUGUUUCUCUGUUUCCUCUCAUAACGUGAGAAAUGUCUCAUCCCAUGCCACCAUUUGGUCAGAUGUUUGAUGUGACAAAUUCUAGUGGAUGUUCCGUGAUAUCCCCAGUCCCCUGCUUGGAUAUAGCUGCACUUCUGUUUAUAUAAUUUGAGGACUGUAUAUUUUGAUGAAAUGUAUAUAAAAUUUUAGAUCAUCAAGGCCUGAAAAUCAUUUUGAAUGUAGAGGUGUCAUAUUUGAUGGCCUUGUGUUGCCAUGACAAUAUGUUAUGGAUUGGUUUUAUCAGUAUCUUUAGUAUCAUCAACAUAGGGAGAAAUGAAAGGUUGGGGAAAUGUGGAAGGAGUGGGGACAUUCCAACAUCAGAUCCCGACUCACCGUGGUCCUUCAGGAGUUGGGGGCCUCUCUGGACAUGGUUGUUUUAAGCUAAACCUGUACCUGCAGUUCAGAGUUACGGCAGAUGUGCUGCAGUAGUGGUAAUUUUCUGUAGCAAAGUUGGCAUGGUUACGAAUCAGUCUCUGUUGUCCUCCCUGGUUAGUUAGAUGUUGUCACCACAAAUUUAGUCAUCUCCAACAAUGGACUCACAUUACAAGCUCCCUACAUAAUGAGUUUCCAUUACCACCAGAGACCAGGGACAACCCAGCACUAAGCACUGUACUAACUUUGAUCCAUGCCGAGGCUGUAGUAAAGACUUGUUUACACUCAA